AUGGCCACAGAACAUAUAAGCUCGGCGAACCCUGUUGCCGUGACCGAUGACGCCGCGUCACGUCGCGCGAAGAAGAGGGAGCUCGACCGACGUGCGCAGCGGGCUGCCCGGGAACGGAACAAGAAUCGCAUCGCUUACCUGGAAGCAACUCUCCAGGCUAUGAGCGAGCAAGAACAAAAUGGAAAGAUUGCCAGUUUGAUGAACCAACUAUCCGACAUGACGAGACAAAGGGAUAGCCUUUCGAAGACACUAUCUUCACUUGAGACAACAAUCGAAAUCCACCGUCAAGACGAGCGCGUCAAUCCCUUGCAGGACCGGUUAUCAGAACCCCGUGAUACGGCUUCCAACUGUCAGCCUUGGUCUGGCACUCAUGAGGGCGGAAUCAGUUUCGACCUGGACGUUGAAGAUGUGCCGCUGGAUGUCUUCACCCCUGGCAUUCCCGCCAUGACUUGGGGGCUCCCGGUGUCAGACGCAGCCCGCCAUACUAUUGCAACAGAGACGGAACCAUCCAACGGAAUCUCCGCCCCAUCAACCCUUACCCUGGCAGGGAACCCUCAUCUGGAAUCUCUAUCCGACACCCCUCCGCCUCGUACUCAGGGCGAUGGUAUCAUCGUGCCGGAGCCGGAUCGUGCCUGUGAGUGCCUAGGAUCAAGACAGGAUCCUCAAAGCCCUGGACAAGCUACGACAAGCCUAUGGCGAUCUGCAAACGAAGCUCUCGGCGCGAGGGAGAUGCUCCCCAAAAGCGUUUUGAAUAUGGAAGACGAGAUGAGCGAUGACAUUCCAGUCCGCGUCAUCUUGGAAGGAUGGGACGGCGUAGAAAGGUCAGGGAAACUACCGCCCCUAUGGAGAAGGUUGCGCCAGACCGAUACCCUCCAGUUCAGCAACUGUCCGGAUACCGAACGGCUGGCUAUCCUAAGACUCAUGCACCGCCUGCUCCGGUACCAAGCCGAGCCCACAGUCGAACAAUGCGCCAAGUUACCGGCAUGGUAUCUAAGCAGGCCAUCUCAAUCUCUACCUCAUUCCUCCGCAAUAGACUUCUUCGUCUGGCCGGGCGUUCGAGAACGCUUUGUGUUUUCGCAGCACCAGUAUUGUUCGAACCUGUUCUGGGAGGUGUUUGCAAGCAGCUUCCGAAUUAUGUGGCCCUUUGAGUUCCGUGACUGUUACAGGCGAAACAUUGAGACUAGGCGGUACUGCGUAGCCCCAGAGUUCGAGGACAGGAUUCGCGAUAUCAACUCCUGGACCAUGUCGUCAGACUUUUUCAACCAUUUCCCAGAGAUGUACGCUGACAUUCCGGCAUAUCAAGAAGUGCCAAGGGGUUUGACUUGGAAGAAUGUUGGCAAGAGUAGCCAACGGCACAGGGAACGGAUUGAGGAGCUCGAGACCGCCAGCUCGCCACGGAGCAGGAGGAACUCUAACAUGGAGAUGCUGAACCAGACAGCACUACAAAAUUGGCCUGCAGUUGACUUUCUACUUUCAAAUACUUCAGGUUCCUAG